AUGUCUGAGAAAGUCAAGAUGAUCAUUUCAGGAGACCCAGCAUGCACUGUCCGCCCACCUCGACCGAGACCAUCGGAUCCCUCACCCACAAUAGAUAUCGACGAUAGCACAGGUGAUGACGGUCGUACAGUCGAACCCAUUCGACCCGACACUCCUCCUCCUCAGCCACAAGGGGGUGCCAGAUAG